GGGGCGGGGCGGGGCCAGAGAUCGGGGCCGCUGUCAGAGCCGGGGCCACGAGCGGGCUGCGCGGACGUGCCGGAACUUGUGUGAGGCAACAGGACAAAAAUGCUUAACUUAAGGACUUGUGCGGCAAAGCUGAGGCCGUUGACGGCCUCCCAGACUGUAAAGACAAUUUCCCAGCACAGACGGGCAGCACCUAGGACGUUCCAACAGCUCAGGUGCUACAGUGCACCGGUGGCUGCUGAACCGUUUCUGAGUGGGACUAGUUCUAACUAUGUGGAGGAAAUGUAUUAUGCUUGGCUGGAAAAUCCCAAAAGUGUACAUAAGUCAUGGGACAUCUUUUUUCGCAACGCCAAUGCUGGAGCUGCUCCAGGCACUGCUUACCAAAGCCCCCCUCCACUGACUACCAGCCUCUCCACCCUGUCCCAAGCGCAGUCCCUGGUUCAGGCACAGCCUAACGUGGAUAAACUGGUGGAGGACCAUCUUGCAGUGCAGUCUCUCAUCAGGGCAUAUCAGAUUCGAGGGCAUCAUGUAGCACAACUCGAUCCACUGGGCAUCUUGGAUGCAGAUCUGGACUCCUCCCUUCCAGCCGAUAUUAUCACAUCCACAGACAAACUGGUUGCCGGCAGCAGCAGCAGCAGUGCAGUCCUGCCACCCUCCGGCUGUCACCCCAGUACCCAGCUCAUGUUUCUUCAGCCAGUGCCAUCACUGAUCGUGCUGACCCAGAAGCAAAAAGCCCAGAAGGGCUGGAAGCAAUUGCAUCUCCUGGAAUUGCAAAGCAGAGAGGUUUUGUGUUGGUGAGAGCUGGAGGUCUGUUCUCUCAGCUCCUCUUGCUGCACUUGGGGACCCUCAGAGCUGGGGGUGAACGUACUGGGUUCAUCUCUGCAGGGCUGAGGCUGCCCUCCUGAACUUCCAGCUUGCCCCAGCAUCUCUAAAUCCUUUAGCUGCCUUUUUUCCAAGACUGAGCUAUGAGUCCCUACUGGUGAUCAUAACAAGGAAGCUUUGGGAUGCAUUCCUGUCCAAGUAGAGAGGCGGAAAUCCAAAUGUGUUUGAGUGAGAGCUGCAUGGGUGUUGUACAGAAGUGUGUGUGUGGUCCCCAGGACUUGAAAUCCUGAUCUGAAAGUGCUUAAACCCAGCACCUCUCCAUGUGCCUUAGAGCUGAUUUCUGUAGUUUGCUACCAUUCUCCCAGCCAGGAUGAGGUUGCUGAACUCUGCCAGCUC